UACAGCAAAACUCUUACGAGAGCCAGAGGAUCAAGGCGCAAAUUCAAAUCCUUAUCAGUUCCACCCUACAAAUUGAGGUGCCGAUUUUUUUUUUCUUUGGUGCCUGGGGCGUCCUGCGGUGGUGACAAUACCCUCCCGUCUCUCACCGGGCAGUCCGUCUCUCUUUUGUUUUUUGUUCUUCGUGAUACCCCUUUCCUAUUCAUCCAGGAGCGACACCAUGGAUCAGCAAAGGUUGGCGGCGCUCCUCCAGGAGUCGCAAGUCCCCAACACCCAAAACCUCAAAGCGAUCACUGCCGAGUUGCAGAAGAAUUACUACUCCCACCCGGAGUCCCUUCUUCUGCUUGUCGAGAUUGUCGCGACCCACCAGGAUGUGAACGUGCGGCAGCAGGCCGCCGUGCAGGCAGCCCGCCUGGCCGUCAAGCACUGGGAGAAGAUCCCCAAGGAGCAGAAGCCUGCCGUGCGCCAGCACCUCGUCCAGGCGACAAUGAACGAGCAGACACCCAGGGCCCGCCACGCCAAUGCGCGUCUUGUUGCCGCGAUCGCGGCGCUCGAUCUGGAGGACGGCGAGUGGCCCGAUCUCAUCCCCGCCCUCUACACCCUGGCCACCAGCAACGAGGUCAGCCAGCGUGAAGUCGGCUCUUACAUCAUGUUCAGCUUGCUCGAGGAGAACCCAACCACCUUCGCGGACGACAUGCCCAAGCUGCUCGAGCUGUUCGGUCACACCCUUCGUGACCCGCAGAGCGCUGAUGUUCGCAUCAACUCGAUGAUGUCCAUCGGCGCCAUGCUGCUCAUGUUCGAGCCCCUUGAGGACGAAGAAUCGGUCGCCAAGCUCCAGACUCUGAUUCCGCCCAUGGUCGACGUUCUCAAGGAUGCCGUUCAGUCCGGCGACGACGAGAAGACCGGCCAGGCCUUCGAAGUCUUCCAGCAGUUCUUGGCUUACGAAUCGGCGCUGCUUGGCAAAUAUCUCAAGGACCUCGUCCAGUUCAUGAUCGACCUGGCCGCGAACAAGCAGGCCGAGGACGAUGUGCGCGCGCAGGCGCUCGCUUUCCUCGCUCAGACGGUGCGCUACCGACGCAUGAAGAUCCAGGGCAUGAAGGACAUGGGCCAGGAACUCACCCAGAAGAGCUUGCUCAUCCUCACCGAGAUCGACGACGAUGAGGAUGAGGAUGACAUGGGUCCUGCGCGGUCAGCCCUUGCCCUGCUUGACCAGCUGGCCAACGACCUGCCGCCUCGCCAGGUCAUCGUGCCGUUGCUGGACGCCCUCCCCAAGUUUGCGACGUCCAGCGAGCCUGGUUACAGGAAGGCCGGUAUCCUUGCUUUGGGCACUGUCGUCGAGGGUGCGCCUGACUUCAUAGCCUCGCAAGUCAAGGCCAUCAUGCCUGUUGCCAUCAACCUCCUCAACGACGCGGAUGUCGGUGUCCGGCACACUGCCCUCAUUGGGCUUGCCCGCCUGGCUGACGACAUUGCGGAGGAGCUCUCCUCCUUCAACGAGCCCAUCAUGGCCGCCUUGGUCAGGAACCUGCAGGCUGCUAUGACGCCCACCCAAGACCAGAAGCUGGCCAAAAAGAACAUCGAGAUCAUCCGGUCCGUUUGCGGUGCGCUCGACGCCAUGUCAGAUGGUCUGGACGCCGAGCUUCUGAAGCAGAAUGCCAGCGACCUCAUCAGCAAUAUCGGUGCACUCAUCACCCACGAUGACUACAAGGUCAAGGUAGCCGCGUCGGGUGCGAUCGGCGCCAUUGCGGAGUGCCUUGGCGAGGACUUCAAGCCCUACUUCGAGCAGACCAUGCAUGCUCUGGGUGCAUACCUCACCAUUAAGGACUCCGAGGACGACCUUUCGCUGCGCAGCGGUGUUUGCGACUCAAUUGGCCGCAUUGCUACUGCCGUCGGUGCCCAGGCUUUCCAGCCCUACGUUGUCGACUUGAUGCGCUCCAGCGAAGAGGCGCUCCAACUUGACAAUUCGAGACUGCGUGAGAGCAGCUUCAUACUAUGGAGCUCGCUCGCCAAAGUCUACGAGAAGGAGUUCGCGCCGUUCCUACCCGGCGUGUUCAAGGGCCUGUUUGACAGCCUGAAGCUGGAGGAGGAGGAAAUCAAGCUCACGCUUAGCGAGGAGGAGAAGGGCAUUGUCGGCACGGACAACGAAGUCAUCACCGGCGGCAAGAAGCUCAAGCUCAAGAAUACUGAGGACGAUGAGGAAGGCUGGAUGGACGAUGACGAGGAUGACGACUAUGAGGACUUCGGCGUGUCGAUCGAGGCACUUGAGAAGGAAGUGGCCAUCGAGAUCCUAGGCGACGUCAUCACGUACGCCUGCGGCACGCACGAGAUCACCGAGUACCUCGAGAAGGCCAUCGAGAGCAUCUCCCCGCUGGCAGAGCACUCGUACGAAGGCUGCCGCAAGGCCGCUGUGGCCACGCUCUGGAGGUCGUACGCCCGCGUCUGGCAGCUCAUGGAGCAAGAGACUGGCACCAACUGGGAGCCUGGCCUUCCGCUCAAGCAACAACCGACCGUCACGCUGGUGAAGCUUGGCGAGAUCGUCUCGAAGGCCACGCUUGCGCUGUGGCAUGAGGAGGGUGAUCGGUCCGUUGUCACCGAGAUCAACCGCAAUGUGGCGGCCACCCUCAAGGCUUGCGGUCCCGCUAUCCUUUCCCAGGAGGAUUUCAUGAAGGAGGUCGUCACCGUCAUCUCGACCAUCAUCACCCGCUCGCACCCAUGCCAGCAGGAUCUUGGGGACGAGGAUGAGGACCAGGAGGUGGAGGGCUCGUCUGAGUAUGACUGGCUCGUCAUUGACACUGCGCUCGACGUUGUGAUCGGUCUUGCCGUCGCACUCGGCCCUGGCUUUGCCGAGCUCUGGAAGAUCUUUGAGAAGCCGAUCAUGAAGUUUGCGGCGUCCGAGUCGGAGAACAUUGAGCGGUCCACCGGUGUCGGUGUCAUUGCUGAGUGCGCGGCUAACAUGGAGGCGGCUGUCACCCCGUACACCGAGAAGCUGCUUAAGCUGCUCCUCAAGCGCCUGUCGGACCCCGACCUCGAGACCAAGAGCAACGCCGCGUACGCCACCGGCCAGCUCAUUCUCAACUCGACUGACACCAACACGUACCUGCCCCACUACGGCACCAUCCUCCAGAAGCUCGAGCCCAUGCUGCAGAUCCAGGAGGCACGCAUCAAGGACAAUGCGGCGGGCUGCCUCACGCGCAUGAUCAUGGCCCAUCCGGACCAGAUCCCGCUCGGCGAUGUGCUGCCCGCUCUGGUUGGCCUGCUUCCGCUCAAGGACGACUACGAAGAGAACUCACCGGUCUACGAAUGCAUCCUCAAGCUUUAUGAGUCCAACGAGCCGACCAUCCAGCAGCUCACGCCCAAGCUGAUCCCUGUCUUUGAGGCGGUGCUGAGCCCUCCCACAGAGCAGCUGGACGACGAGACGCGCCAGAUCGUCCGGAACAUCGUGCACAUGCUGUACAAUGCGAGCCAGGAUCUGUUCAGCAACAAUCCCAACGUGCUGAAGCUGGCUGGUCUUGCCUAAGUCGAGUGAGUCUGCUGUUGGAUGACGGGGGGAUCUAUACGAUGAAUAGAAGGUACAUCAUGAGUGAUGAGUUCGGACCUAACGAUGGUAACAUAAAAAUGGGGACUUAAUCGGGGCUUUCGGUUUGGGAAUGAAUAGUUCGGUCAUGUGAGUAUAAAAGGUUCGAGGGCUCAAUGUAAAGCCUCUCAUUUUCGGAAUCAAUGACAUCAGAUGAGUGUUCCUGAACUUGGAUGGAUCGUGGGUGUCGAAAAUUGUGGUGAGGACUGAGCUACGGUUAAGGUUCGUGCUUCAGCCAUCUCGGUGACUGUCUCGUUUGCUUCCAUUCCCCACGAUAUCUUGAAGUGG